AAAACUUGUACGAUUUAUAAAGAAAUUCGAUAUUUGUCACAUAGUACAUCUUUAUAAACUAAUCACAUUUUAAUAGGUUGUACAUUUAGAUUAAAGUAUAUUAUUUGCACCAAAAAAUGGCAGAAGCUCCAUCCUCAAACACCAAUCUAAGAUUAUCCGGCAAAAUAGCCAUCGUGACAGGAGGUGCUAGUGGCAUCGGUGAAGCCACGGCACGUGUCUUUGCUAAUGAAGGCGUGCGCGUGGUUGUGAUCGCCGACAUCCAAGAUGAGCUUGGAAAUCAAGUAGCUGCAUCCAUUGGCAGCCAAAGGUGCACUUACAUCCACUGCGAUGUCACAGAUGAAGAUCAAGUCAAAAACCUAGUUCAAUCAACGGUUGAUACUUAUGGACAGGUAGAUAUAAUGUUCAGCAAUGCUGGAAUCGCUAGUCCCACUGAUCAAACAAUCAUGGAACUUGACAUGUCCCAAUUUGACCGUUUAUUUGCGGUCAAUGUUCAAGGAAUGGCGUUGUGUGUGAAACAUGCAGCACGUGCAAUGGUGGAGGGUCGCAUAAGGGGGAGUAUCGUAUGCACAGGGAGUGUUAGCUGUCGUCAAGGAGGCCCCAGGUCAACGGACUACACAAUGUCAAAGCAUGCAGUGUUGGGACUAAUGCGUGCGGCUAGUGUGCAACUGGCCGCACAUGGAAUACGAGUCAACUGUGUUUCGCCGAGUGGACUGGCGACACCUUUGACUUGUAAGCUUUUGGGGAUGAGCGAGGAGAAAACUCAAGAGACUUACCAAAAAUAUGCAAGGCUUGAGGGAGUGGUGCUCACACCCAAACAUGUGGCAGAUGCUGUAUUGUUUUUAGUUUCUGAUCAGGCUGAGUUUAUUACAGGCCUUGAUCUUAGGGUUGAUGGUGGAUUUGCAUAUGGAAAAUAGUGAUUUGUGCACUAAGCUAUAAUAAACCAAAUAAUAAAUAACAUUUCAUUUCAAAUAUAUCAAAACAGUAUCAACAACAACAAUAAAGGGAAUCAAAUUUGUUGUUGGAUUGAUUUUGAGAAUUAAUUGUUUUUCAUAUUUAUCAACUGAUAAUGUAAGUUCUGCAAGUGUGAGAAGUAUAAAUAAAAAGAUAUUGAAAGCA